UUCUCGUCUCAUCCCUCAUCUCCUCUAUUAUUCAAUGCUCGGGAAUAUCAAUAUUUCCCUUGGAUCCCCAUCUACAGCAUCGGCUGGCUUCAUCAUGGCGCAUUGCCGCACAACGCUUUCAAUAUUGCAUGGUUUUGACUUCUUUAUUUCUCUACUCAAGGCGAUCUUUUAUUUCAUGAUGUUUGUUUUGAGUGUCCCGUUCCGAAGCUCAGAACGCCAUCCAAAAUCCAUGAAACAUGUUAUUCAUUCAGCACUGCGCGUAAUGAACGCCAGAACUUCCGCGAAGGAGUUUCAGUGGGUCCAUCCCUCCCCAUUUCAUUGUAGUAAUAAAGAUCGAACUAAAAACAGUAGAAACAUGAUGACAUCAACCGAUGAGACAUACGAAGCAUUCGCCAAAGCGAAUAACUUCGAACCAAUUUCCACGAGUCUUCCUGAGGAUGCAACUGCGCACUGGAUAGGUUCGCCCGAUGCGGACAGAGUCUUGGUGGUCUUCCACGGUGGUGGUAUUUUUUAUUCGGCGAUCACUCAGUUCCAGUUUGUGUAUGACGUACAGGAAAAAGCAGGCAAGAAUACCGCGGGAGUUGUACUUUCCUACAGCCUUGCUCCCGAAAAGCAAUAUCCACAUCAGCUCAAGCAGGUAAUAGCAUUGAUAUCUUACCUGAUCAACGAGGCGUGCAAGAAACCCGAGAACAUCAUUCUCGUCGGCGACUCGGCGGGCGCGAAUCUGAUUCUAGGCGUCAUAUCACAUUUGCUACAUCCGCUCCCUGACCCAUCCAUUGCUCCACUGCACACGGCCACCCCUCUCAAGGGUGUGGCACUGAUGACCCCAAUGACGAAUUUCAACCCCACUGUACCAUCAUAUACGACGACCCUGAAGAAAGAUUUCAUCAGCCAACAUGUUCUGGCAACAUGGGGACGUUAUUACAUGGGAGAGUCCCCACCAAACGCUUACAGCCGAUCAGGACCUGAAGGUGAAAUUUGGUGGGAUGGCAUGGAUACCAAAAUAGGCGAGGUUAUGUUGGUAACUCGAGAAAGAGAUAUCAUGUUCGAUGGCACGCAGGAUUUCAGUGAUAUGUUAAAGGUUAGUCUACUCACCAGCCUGAAAGCGUACGAGAUUGCUCAGUAG